CAGUCCAAAAGAAAAUGGGGUUUGGUGUAAAUCUGGGGGUGUAAUGUUAUCAUAUAUCACGCUACCUCGUAAAACCGACACUGAAGCCUGCCGGACAACAAAUCACAGGUCAAAAUUAUGAGCUCUUCGUAUUAUGUGAAUGCGCUUUUUAGCAAAUAUACGGCGGGGGCUUCUCUUUUCCAAAAUGCUGAGCCUACUUCUUGCUCCUUUGCAAGCAACUCCCAGAGAAGCGGCUAUGGACCAGGCGCGGGUGCCUUCGCCUCCUCCAUGCCCGGCUUGUACAAUGUGAACAGUACCAUAUAUCAAAGCCCGUUCUCUUCCGGAUACAGCCUGGGCUCUGAUGCCUACAACCUGCAUUGUUCCUCUUUUGAUCAGAACAUUCCCGUCCUCUGCAAUGACCUAACCAAACCCAGCUGUGAGAAAGCGGAGGAAAGCAACCUGCACAACCAGGCUGAGGCUAAUUUCCGGAUAUACCCCUGGAUGAGGUCUUCAGGUCCCGAUAGGAAGCGAGGGCGCCAGACCUACACCCGCUACCAGACCCUGGAGCUGGAGAAGGAAUUCCACUUCAAUCGCUAUCUAACUCGGCGGCGGCGGAUAGAGAUCGCCCAUGCCCUCUGCCUGACGGAGCGGCAGAUCAAGAUCUGGUUCCAGAACCGGCGGAUGAAGUGGAAGAAGGAGCACAAGGAGGAGAGCUCCAGCACUCCGGCUCCCAACGAGUCCACGUCAGCAGCAGCGUCUGUGGAGAAAGUGGAAGAAGAUGAAGAAGAAGAGGAUUAGGGAGUCCCAUUCGAGGAAGCAAUCUCUUAGAAUAACGUACGCACGUGACAGCUGUAAAAGCUCCCUUUAAAGAGAGAAAGGAAAAAAAAAAAGAGACACUCACUGUUUUUAUUAAAAAAAAAAAAAAAAAAGUUAAUCAGUUCCCUUUAGUUCUGUCUUGCAAGCGAGCGUUUGCAAACAUGAGAACGUCUCUUGGGUUGGACUUCCAGUCCUCUCUUCCCUCUCCCCUCUCCCGUCCUCCCCAAACCUGCCCCGUGGUAGCAUAUCCUGAGAGCAUCCUACAAUCAUUUGAGUUUUCGUUCACCCGCGCUCGGCUGGGUUUCUCCUGGGGACGUUUCGGUGGGAGGACUGCUGCUCGCACAUAAAGUACACCGUGACCUUCCGAAGUAACUACCUGACUCAAUAGUCCCAAUCACGUCGUAAGGGGAAAAGUGCAUUAGGCUCGUAUUGAGAAAAACUACCUAAUUUUGAAUAAGUAGCUCUGCACUUUUCUUUUUUAUUAUUAUUAUUAUUUUUCCUUUAUCUUUUCUUUUAAUUAUUGUUAGGAAAGUACCAUAACUAACAGCUACACUAACAUAAAGGUAAAACAGCAAGCGAGGGGGAAAAAAAAGAUGUGCCACAAACCACUACAAUCCACAGCAAUGAGUCGUACUACCUAUUUUUCAGACUACCUAUGUAUCUUGCUCCGCCUACCUAUCUUCGAAAGUAUGCUGUAUUUUAGUAGUCAGAAGAAGAUAACGUACUAAUGUGAAUUGCAAAACGCUUUUAGAAACAUAAACGCAGUCGUUCGAAAAGCACGCAUCGAUAGCUUUGGUAUAGAAUUUGGUACCGUAAAGGCUGAAUAUAUUUAAAUUUAAAAUAAUAUAUUUAUUCCAAAGCAAUUAUUAAUGAAAACCAUAUGCUGCAAUAUAUCUCUGUCCGCGAACCUUUACUCUCUGGAGUGAGGGAGCGAACGCACACGCCAAUAUUGUACAAAGCGGUUUAAUAUCUACCGUGGGCUUCUACCUUAGGCUGCCUCUGCUCAAGGCCGUUUCCUUAUCCUGGGUUGAUCUUACUCAAUAUAGCUGAAAGUGUUCUUGGCAAAGCGAAUUUAAAUGACCAUAUAACCGCCUUUCAAAUAUCUGUUUGUCCUGAUGAUCCCAACGUGUUAAUAUGUAAUACCGUGAAUUUUCCUAAGAUAGCAGAUAUUGUAUAUUUGAACGAUUUUUUUUUUUUCAUUUAUAUUUGUCUUGGAGCUCAUUUGUAAGACCAUGUCAUAAAUUGGGAAGUAUGUAAUUAAUUGGGAAACUUUGUCGCAUGACGUAUCGUUCAGAUUUCUGUAUAAACCCGUCUCGAAGGUUUGGCUAAAGUUUACUCCAACAAUUGUAUGUUACAAUGUGUUUCGAUGUGUUCGUUGUGAACAUUUGGAUAUGCCGUGUAAGUAUUGGAAGUGGAAAAAAAAAAAUGUCUGUGAACUCUCUUUGGAAGUGAUCCCGUGUUCAAGUAUCCCCCACGAUAAAUGUGUUUUAUGUCACACGGAAAAUAAAGAUGCUUGUUGACAAUU